CUCAUGUCUGAUUGUUUACAAUCUCUCUGGCUAAACAUGGCCGUUAACAAACUCAGUUGUGGCGGUUAGAGGUUGAUAACUCUUAAUUUUUUAAAAAUUUACAUGUCUUAAUUAGCAAAACAGGAUACUGUGCAAUUGCCGAUUUAAUUGUUUUUUUCUCUCGUCGCUGGUUUGGUUUUUAAUCCCAUCUUUCUGUGACUCGUUAGCCGCUGAAGCUAAGUAGCGAGCUAACUUCUCCAUAGGGAACAAUGACAGCGACUUCAGCAGGUAGCAGUAGCUGCCUUGCCGCAAAAGGACUGGAUAUAAGUCUGGCUGCUCUGCAGCGACAAGACCCAUACAUCAACAACAUUGUUGACGUGGCCAGCCAAGUCGCCCUGUACACUUACAACAACAGGACAAAUGAGUGGGAGAAGACCGAGGUGGAGGGCACCCUUUUUAUCUACACAAGGCUGGCAUCUCCCAGGCAUGGUUUCACCAUAAUGAACAGACUCAGCAUGGAGAAUCUGACAGAGCCAAUUACCAAAGACCUGGACUUCCAGCUCCAGGACCCCUUCCUCCUAUAUCGCAAUGCACGAUUGGUUAUCCAUGGGAUUUGGUUCUAUGAUAAGGAGGACUGUCAACGCAUUGCACAGAAGAUGAAGAUUCUGACCCAGCAGGAGCAGGCCUUGGCUCAGUCUCAGGGUGGUUGGUUGUCACCAGCAGGAGGAGGAGUUGGAGGAAUUAUUGGAGGAGGAAUUAUUGGAGGGAUCAUCGGAGGAGGAGGAAGAGGAAGAGGAGGAAGAGGUGGUGGUGGUGGUGGUGGUGGUGGUGGUGGUGGUAAUGGAGGUGGAGGUGAAGGAAAGGCAGUAGACAUCAUCCAGAUGUUGACCAAAGCACGCACAGAGUAUGACAAGGAGAAGUCUACUUCAGAGCCAAAGGAGAUUGGUGGCAGCAGUGUUCUUUAUGGAAACCCUAACCUGAUUAAACCAAUACCUGUUAAACCAAACACUCAGGACAGUGAAGGUGCUGAACCCAAGUCCCUCUCUCUGGCCACUCUGUUUGGCUCUCAACAUCACCACUCACCCAAACCUGACCCUGUCUCUCCAGUGGCUGCACCUGUGACAGCGUCAGCAACAGGGAAAGUUGCUCGCCCACCUGUAGCCCGCACACUGACCUAUGAGGAUACUAUGAACUCUGGCAGAAGUGCGACUUCCAAGGGAGGUAAUACCACCAUGGCUAUGUGUUCAGAUGGUGGGAUCAGGGCUGUAGUCAGGGAAGAUGGGGGGAAUGUUGUUACAGGCUUGCUGCCAAGUCCCACUACUGCUCAUCAGCAGCAGCAGAAUCAGCCGGAGCACUGCCCAGCCAUCCAGAAGCUCAUGCAGGGACAGAGAGGGCUGGGAGGGGUGCUUCAGACUGUGUCUGAGUCCCCCGAGAACAGGCUGUGCGACAAUGGGGUGCCACUGGAGCACCACCACCACCAUCAUCAUCUUUACCAACUUCAUCAUCAACAGCACCAUCAUCACCAUCAACAGCAGCAGCUUCAGCCCGACCCAAUCAAGAGACUUUUUCAAACCCAGCCACCUCCUCCUCCCUCCACUUCCUUCUCCUCUGCUGCUCCCCUCUGUUGCCCCCCUUCUCUGCAGCAGAACCCUCACCUCCCUUCCCAUCCUAUAAUGGCAGAUUCUGUGUCAUGUUCACACCUUCAAGCUCAACAAAGCCAGCAGCUGUUUUUCAGCCUUUCUAAACCUCAACCAGAAGCCCAGCACAACAGCCAGUCAGCUUCAGUUCUACAGGGAGCAGGUUUGUUGCCAUCUCAGGUGACCAAUGCCCAAGUCAUUCAACCUUCACAAGGUCUGUCUUCCCAGAUGCCAGGUGUGGUGUCUCCUCAUGAGCUCCUCCAAAAGCUCCAGCUGGUCCAGCAGGAGCAGAGCCUGGCUUCCAAUGAUCCCCCUCGACUCUGUCCAGGACUGGCCCCUCGAUUCUUGGGGCCCACUCAAAGUCAAAGUGCAGGUUCAGUUGUAGGCCCAGUCCCAAAUCAGACUGCAGCCACUGCAGGUCAAAAGGCUGCACUGCAGUUUCAAGUCAUAUCCCCCCAGCGAAUACCAGCCACUGUGGCCCCCAAUCUGCUCCUCUCUCCCAGUGUGUUCACUCAGGCAAAGUCUAGCGGCGGGUUGUCAGCAGUUGCCCAGGAGAACUGCCCUGUGCCCUCAGCCCUAACCAGACCCCCGCUGCAGGAGGAGGACAGAGUUCUGUCCAGAGGCCAGCUUCAGGCCACACUGCUGCAUCUGAUCCAGACUGACAACUCAUUCCUGGACACCAUCUAUAUGGCCUACAUCAGCCGCUUUGCUAACGACUCCAGCAGCAAGUACUAAUGACUCUUCACACCCUCUGUCAAUACAUACACCCUGUCCAGAGCAGUGAGGAUCGCUCUCACACCUAAUAUGGAUGCUCUACUUCCUCUUCCAAAGCCACACUCCAAUCACACACACACACGCACACACACUUGCUGUAUAUCUUCUGUACUGUAUAGGCAGUCACCCUGACUCUUGUCACUUCAAACCAAGUGUCUCUAGUUGUAACAAAAAGCAGUUAUCAAAAAAGUGAUUAUAUCAGAAAAAUGCUAUUUUUCAUUAUGUGACUCUUCUAAAAAACAAAAUAUUUCAGCCUAAGGACCACUUAUUUUUGGUACGAAUGUGGCAUAAACAUACAGUCAUGACCUAACCUGUGGUUCAGGAGAAAAUGUAGCCUAUACUGUAGUUCACUCUCACUGAGGAAAAAAAUACUGUAUGCUGCAACUUCACAGUUUUCUCAUGGUGUUUUCACCAAGUGUAGCAGAAUUUAUUUUUAUUAUUACUUGUUGUCUUUACACCAUCACAAGCAUCUAACACCAGCCAGCCCUCUGGGCUUUGACAAACAAGUCUUCCUAGUCUAAGAACUUGUGCUGAAGAAUACGUUCAGACUGACUUGAAACUGACUUCACUUAUAAAUCGAAAUGUAAAACAUGUUAAACAUGUUUUUUUCUGUACAUUUGGAAAAGUAUGUUUAAAUGCCAUCAGAUUUUGUUGGAUUUGAAGUUACAAUUCUUUUAAAUUAAGUUAGUUUACUUUCUAAAGGAAUUUUAAGUAUGUUUUAUUAUCCAAAUGCUUUUAAAGUUAUUCUAAUGAUACCUUGUCAUUUUGACUUUUUUCCAGCAGCUGUUACAUCUGCAUUGUUAUUUUAGCCAGCUGGAAUAAACCAAUGUUGUUCAUAAACUCAUUAGUUAGCCUGCAGAAAGCUAUAUCCACUUUCCCAGUGUGCUGGAGAGAGAAUUUUUUUCUUUUACAGCACUUUGUAACUUUACUAGUGCUUUAUUCAUUUUAUUCCUCCUCUUCUGAAUAUCAGUGUCACUAUGAAGGAGUUCAAAAUGACAUAGUAUCCAUUUAACUUGAAGAAACAAGGAACAUACAGGAGAUUGUCAACCUUCACUACCUCACAGAGAGCUAGAAUGGAGGUGUACCUGUGUUUUUACUUCAUAGUAGCAGAUUGUCAGCUAUGUGAUUGGCCAGUUAAAAGGUGAGAUAGUCUAAUCUGAUUAGGUUUUUUUUUUUCAGAUUAUCAAAAGGGAUUUCAUUAUUACAAAACACAUGAAUCAGCUGACAAACGUUGACAAACUGAAUAUCGCUUAUCUUUUUUUUUCUAUUUGCCAAAGCUGCUGUUUCAAAAUCCAGCCAAAUAAAAUGGCUUACAGAAAUCCCCCUCAGAUAUAAUAAAACCACUUAUUGCUCAGACACUUUUGACUGAAAUUAUAGUUAAAUAAACAUAAUAAAAUUGCUUGGUUAAAUAAAUAACAAUUAAGAGCAACAGAAGGUAUAUAAAUAUACCCAGUAAUAAGUUCAAUAAUAAAGCCUGUCAGUCAAUAAAUUGAUUUUGUCAGGAUCAGGAUUUGCGAUGUGUUUAGCUCCAGUGCUAAACUCAUGUGAUAGCCAGUCGGUACAGUAGCUACCAGAGAGUACACAAAAACAGCAGCAAAAAAAUAAAAAAAAGAAGAAAACAGAGUACAUUUUAGAAAAAAAUAGAUAUUUUUUUCCUUUAUUUUUGUACUCAAGCAAAAUGUUUUGCUCUUACAGUACAAAUAACCAGCAUGUUAUAUCACAAAUGUACAAACAAAAUAUAAGUAAAUUUCAUCCUUAUACAACAUAUCUACAGUUAUUAUUCUCAGAUGCCAUUUUGUUGUUUUAAUUCUAACAAAGAUCCUUUUCAUUCAUUGUGUCAUCCUUUUUUAAAACGUCAUUUUAAAAUAAUACGAGACAUUACAAUGUUAAUGGAAACAUUUUUAUUUCUUUUUGUCUGGAAUGUUUUGAAACAAACAGGAAUAUAUUUUAAUUGGGUAUUAAAUGUUCUCAAACUGCCA